GUCGCCAUCCCAUAAGUCUUUGCGAAGCCCCAGUGCCGCUCCGGCGACUCGUUGGUACAGAAAAGAUGGCAGCGCCGGAGUUGGGCCGCUGGGGCGAGUACGGGCCACGGCCGCCCGCUCGACUGGGUGCACGUGCCAGCCAGGAGCCAGCGACUGCCUUGGGCACAGUGGGCACCAUGGACCUGGCCUACGUCUGUGAGUGGGAGAGAUGGCCCAAGAGCACCCACUGCCCCUCGGUACCCCUGGCCUGCGCUUGGUCGUGCCGCAACCUGAUCGCCUUUACCACUGACCUGCGGAAUGACGACCAGGACCUGACUCGCAUGAUCCACAUCCUGGACACCGAGCACCCCUGGGAUGUGCAUUCCAUCAACUCGGGCCACAGUGAGGCCAUCACCUGCUUGGAGUGGGACCAGUCAGGCUCCCGGCUGCUCUCGGCUGACGCAGAUGGGCAGAUCAAGUGCUGGAACAUGGUGGACCACCUGGCCAACAGCUGGGAGAGCCGUGUGGGCAGCCUGGUGGAAGGCGACCCCAUCGUGGCGCUGUCCUGGCUGCACAAUGGUGUGAAACUGGCACUGCAUGUGGAAAAGUCGGGCGCCUCCAGCUUCAGCGAGAAGUUCUCGCGUGUGAAGUUCUCGCCCUCGCUCACCCUCUUCGGCGGCAAGCCCAUGGAGGGCUGGAUUGCCGUGACGGUCAGCGGGCUGGUCACCGUGUCCCUCCUGAAACCCAGCGGGCAGGUGCUGACAUCCACCGAGAGCCUGUGCCGGCUGCGCGGCCGCGCGGCACUGGCCGACAUCGCCUUCACAGGCGGUGGCAACAUCGUGGUGGCCACGGCGGACGGCAGCAGCGCGCUGCCGGUGCAGUUCUACAAGGUGUGCGUGAGCGUGGUCAGUGAGAAGUGCCGCAUCGACACCGAGAUCUUGCCCUCCCUCUUCAUGCGCUGCACCACCGACCCCCACCGCAAGGACCGCUUCCCUGCCAUCACCCACCUCAAGUUCCUGGCGCGCGACAUGUCCGAGCAGGUGCUGCUGUGCGCGUCCAGCCCAACCAGCAGCCUGGUGGAGUGCUGGUCCCUGCGCAAGGAGGGGCUGCCGGUGAACAACAUCUUCCAGCAGAUCGCGCCUGCCGUUGGUGACAAACAGCCCAUGAUCCUCAAAUGGCGGAUCCUCUCAGCCACCAACGACCUGGACCGUGUGUCGGCCGUGGCGCUGCCCAAGCUGCCCAUCUCGCUCACCAACACUGACCUCAAGGUGGCCAGCGACACCCAGUUCUACCCCGGCCUUGGGCUGGCCCUGGCCUUCCAUGACGGCAGCGUCCACAUUGUGCACCGGCUGUCGCUGCAGACCAUGGCCGUCUUCUACAGCUCGGCUACACCACGCUCCGUGGACGAGCCGGCCAUCAAGCGCUCGCGGGCCGCCGGCCCUGCCGUGCACUUCAAGGCCAUGCAGCUGUCCUGGACCUCCCUGGCCCUGGUGGGCAUCGACAACCACGGGAAGCUCAGCAUGUUGCGCAUCUCGCCCUCCAUGGGCCACGCGCUGGAGGUGGGCCUGGCGCUGCGGCACCUGCUCUUCCUGCUGGAGUACUGCAUGGUGACCGGCUACGACUGGUGGGACAUCCUGCUGCACGUGCAGCCCGGCAUGGUGCAGAGCCUGGUGGAGCGGCUGCACGAGGAGUACACGCGCCAGAAGGCGGCGCUGCAGCAGGUCCUCUCCACCCGGAUCCUGGCUAUGAAGGCCUCAUUGUGCAGGCUGUCGCCCUGCACAGUGACACGCGUGUGUGACUACCACACCAAGCUCUUCCUCGUAGCCAUCAGCUCCACCCUCAAGUCCCUGCUGCGCCCCCACUUCCUCAACACGCCUGACAAGAGCCCUGGCGACCGGCUGGCCGAAAUGUGCGCCAAGACCACCGACUUGGACAUUGAUAAGGUCAUGCUCAACCUCAAGACGGAGGAGUUUGUUCUGGACACGAACACACUCCAGGCGCUGCAGCAGCUCCUCCAGUGGGUGGGCGACUUCGUGCUCUACCUGCUGGCCAGCCUGCCCAACCAGGGUUCACCGCUGCGGCCAGGCCACAGCUUCCUGAGGGAUGGCACGUCGCUGGGCAUGCUGCGGGAGCUGAUGGUGGUCAUCCGCAUCUGGGGCCUGCUGAAGCCCAGCUGCCUGCCUGUGUACACAGCCACAUCGGACUCACAGGACAGCAUGUCCCUGCUAUUCCGCUUGCUCACCAAGCUCUGGAUAUGCUGCCGUGAGGAAGGGCCAGCGAGCGAGCCGGACGAGGCCCUGGUGGAUGAGUGCUGCCUGCUACCCAGCCAGCUGCUGGUGCCCACACUAGACUGGCUGCCCGUCAGUGAUGGGCUGGUCAGCCGCCUGCAGCCCAAGCAGCCCAUGCGCCUGCACUUUGGCAAGGCUCCCACGCUUCCCAGCAACGCCCCCGCCUCACAGCUGGACGGCCUGGCCAGGGUUCCGGGCCAGCCCAGGAUUGACCACCUGCGGAGGCUGCACCUGGGCACCUACCCCACGGAGGACUGCAAGGCCUGCGCCAGGUGUGGCUGCGUCACCAUGCUCAAGUCCCCCAACAAGACGACCGCAGUGAAGCAGUGGGAGCAGCGCUGGACCAAAAACUGCCUGUGUGGGGGGCUGUGGCGGAAAAUGCCGGUCAGCUACUCCUGAGCCGGCCCGCCGGCCCACGGGACAGUCAUGCCCAGACUAGGCCACAGCAGGCGGGGCUGUAGGUCUCUCUCCCGCCGGCCCAGGAAGCUUGCCCGAGGGCCCCGAGCCCCCGCCCGCCCGCGUGAGUAGCUCCGGCACCGAGGGGCUGAGGCGGGAGGACGGCCGCAAGCUGCAGGUCAGCGUGGGGUACCUGGUGAGACCGGCUUGGUCAAAAAAAAGGAGGGGGCUCUGAUCAGGCCCCUGCAUUCCCCUUUAUUUUUUCAUUUUUUUGUAACAUUCCCCUUUAGAACAUGCCUGGUGCGCAGCCACA